AUGCUCUCUUUUCUGCAGCAGGAGCAGCAGCUGCAGCUGCAGAUUAUAACUGCCACAGCAGUAUGGCUAGAUAUAAUAUUGAGAGUUGUGAAAGGUGGAAGAGAAGAGAUAUUUAUAUCUUACUCAGAGAUUCAAGAACAUGCUGAUAAUCUUGACACUACUGAAAUCUCUACUGGUGAAUGA